AUGGAUGUAGCUGUGUUCGAAAAGGUUCCUUUCUUCUUUCUUUUCCUGUACGGGUUUCUUGCUGCAUUCAGUGAUGUCGACGGCAACGUCCAAUCGGAAAGCUUCUGUAACGACGUCGUCACUGCAAAGCGGCAGGCGUCGGAGAAUGUCGUCUCGCAAAUCAAUGGUUGCCGCCUCACUUGGCCAAGAAACGUCUAUUACCGCCACCAAUCGUCCACCAAACCGCCAGUGCUUUGUUACUGUUUCAACUUUCGUGUUGCUAAAUACCAAGAAGCAAAUCCAACAAUUUAUACUGUAAUUACUUUUCCGUUUCUUUUUGCUGACAUGUUUGGGGAUUGGGGACAUGGAAUAUGCUUAUUGAUAGGUGCAUUAGUUCUCAUAGCACGUGAAGGAAAGCUUAUUACACAGGCAGAAACUUGGGAGCUUCAUGGAGAUGUUAUUUUGUGGUCCAACGCUCAUUGGUAUCUGCCAUAUGUUGGAUUGAAGUUUUACAUUUAUGAGAAGCUGAAAAGACAUGUUUCUGAAGAGCAUUAG